AUGCGCGGGAGCGAUCGCGCGGCGGUGCUCGUCCCGCUCGCGGCGCGCGGGGACGACGGUUGGGACGUGACGCUGACGACGCGCGCGACGUCGAUGCGAUCGCACGCGGGAGAGAUCGCGCUGCCGGGAGGGAAGCGAGACGCGCGGGACGCGUGCGACGCGGGCACGGCGGCGCGGGAGGCGCGGGAGGAGAUCGGGAUGCGGACGCCGAGGGACGUGGAGGUGGUGGGACGGUUGCCGGUGGUGAUGUCGAGGCAUCGCGUGAGCGUGCGACCGGUGGUGGGGGUGGUUCGGGAGGGAUUUCGCGUGCGCGAGGAGGAGAUCUCGCGCGAGGAGGUGGCGGAGGUGUUCACGGCGCCGCUGGAGAUGUUUCUGAGCGCGGAUCGUCACCGGUACGACGACUGGGCGCGGCCGAACGGGGCGCGCCCAGCCGUGCGCGUCCAUUACUUUGAGUACGAGGGGCGCACGAUAUGGGGGCUCACGGCGAUGAUUUUGAUCGAGGUCGCGCGACGAGUGUACGGUCGAGAGCCCGAGUUCGCGGUGGCCGCGGACGAUGGCGUCGCGGUGUGGGACGCGCGAUGUCGCGACGGGGAGGCGGCCGUCAUAAAGAGCGCGCUGUGA